AUGCCAAAGAAGUAUCUGAUUGAUGGGCGUUUUCUCGUAGAGGAUAUGCAGGAGGGCAAUUUCGACGACAUCCGCGAAAGGUUCAAGGAGAAUGUGACUGUGGACGACUUGGAAAGUUGGGAGAAUCGAUUUGAAGUCGCACAACUCGUUGAAUUAUUUUUGCCGAUUUGCACUUCAUCAUGCUGGUCUUUCGUGGAAGCGCUUUGA